AUGGAUUAAGCUAUUCUUUUGAAAUUUAUAGAAAAAUGUUAGGAAAUUUUAGAUUAAUACUCUAAGCAUUAUUAAUAAACUAAAAUUUCUACUGUUUUCCUUGUUGGUUUUACAGGAUCUGGAAAAAGUACUAUUUUUAACUUCUUAAGUGGUGCAAAUUUUUAGUUUAAUGGAAAAUAAAUGGAAAUAAUAAAUAAUUCAGAUAAUUAUUCUAAAAUUAAUGAAGGAAUGAUAUCUAUUACAAAAACACCAAAUUAUUUUUUUAAUAAAUAAAACAAUCAUUUAAUUAUUGAUUUUCCAGGAUUCUAAGAUACAAAUGGAAAUUUUGAUCAAUUAUUAUUUGAUCUUUUAUUUAACAAGAUCGUUACUUCAGGACCAAUUAAACUUAUUCACAUUUAAAAAAAUCCUGAGAAUUACAUUCCAAACAGAGGGAUGGAUCUGUAAUAAUUCAUGAAGUAGCUUAACAAUCCAAAAUUUAGUUUACUAUUAAAUAGUUAUGUGGAUGAUUUGUCAGAUGAAGAAUUGAUUGAAUGUAUAUAAGAACAGUUAACUUAAGCAAGAAUAAAAACAUCCAUUGAUAAAAUUCUAGUUUUAAGAAAUGCUAAAAAGUAAUCACUAAAAGAAAUUUUUAAUGAUAAUAGUCGAAAAAAUCUAUGGAGUUAGAUUGAAUAAGUAAAAGAAAAUAAAAUAGAACCAUAAUAACUAAAUCAAAGUGAGAAGAUUAGUUUAGAAAUUUAAAAUUAAUUAUUAACAAUUGUGAAUGAAUAUUUAGUCCUCUUAAAUGAAAAUUUUGACUAAAAAUAUAAGAAUUUAUCUGAAAAAGAUACUGAAGAUAUUAUAAAAAAUAUGUAAGAAUUAUUAGAUUUUGUAAAAAAUGGAAAUAAAAAAACACCUUACAAAUGGUAUUUAAAUUUCAUUGCAAUUUGUGAAAAAAUGGCAAAUAAUCUUUCAAUUAAAAUUCAAAUAAUAGAUGGUAGUAAAAUUUCAUAAAAAUAUUUCAAUAUUUUGAAUAGUUUUCUCAUCUUAUUUCUGGCUAUAAUUAGUUGGAUUAUGUAAACUCGAUUGCAAAAUAUAAGUUAAAAAUGA